AUGUAUGCCCAAACAUGUACAAGUCCAAACAUCAUUUUUGCUGUUGGAAUGCUGGGUCGAUAUCAAAGUAAUCCUGGAAUGGAUCAUUGGAAGGCUGCAAAGAAAGUGUUGCGAUACCUACAAGGAACGAAAGAUCAUAUGCUCAUUUAUAGAAGAUCUGAUCAUUUAGAUGUGGUUGGAUAUUCAGAUUCAGAUUAUGAUGGUUGUGUGGAUACAAAAAAAUCCACAUUUGGAUAUUUGUUUCUAUUAGCUGGAGGAGCAAUAUCAUGGAAGAGUGCGAAGCAAUCUGUUAUAGCUAUAUCCACUAUGGAAGCUGAGUUUGUGGCAUGCUUUGAGGCCACAAUCCAGGCUAAUUGGCUAUGGAAUUUUAUUUCAGGACUUGGACUAGUCGACAAUAUAGCCAGGCCGCUGAAAAUUUAUUGUGAUAAUACCGCCGCAGUUUUCUUCUCUAAGAACGAUAAGUAUUCAAAAGGAUUACCGCCCAAAAUAUUUGCUGAACAUGUUGAAAGGAUGGGUCUUAUUGAUAGCAAUGAAUGA